CCAAGAUCUUUCAUCAGUCCCACUCACUCCGUCCUUGGGAUCCGCUACGACGUAUAUGAUGUUAUAGAACCCUUGCUACGCAUUUCCCUUGACCAUUAUUCUGUUUCUCAGCAUUACUUGGUUUUGUUCCUUGCCUGGAUUUUAACCAUUCCCCAGUUUAUAGAUACCCCGGAUUGUGCUGGCGAUCCCCUUGCUCUUUCAUCCAACAACCGAAACCAUGGCCGAAACAUAUACCGUGCCGUUCUUCAUCAAUGGCGAGGAGGUUGUCACGUCCAAGACCUUCGAUGUCACAUCUCCAGCAACCCAAAAGGUUGUUCACAAGUGCAGCAGCGCUACCGAUACCGAAGUUCAGGCGGCCGUAAACGCGGCGGCAGAAGCUUUCAAGACAUGGAGGAAAUCGCACCCCAACCAACGCCGGGACCUCUUCCACAAGGUGGCCGACAUCUUGGAGAAGAGGAAGGAGGAGUUGGGCCAGUACAUGAUGAAUGAGACAGGUGCUCCACGCCAAUGGGCCGACUCCAACAUUCAGAUUGCGAAGGAGUUGGUGUUGGAUGUGGCCGGGAGAUGCAACACGUUGGAAGGAUCGUUCCCAGUAGUCAAUGAUCCCGAAUCUGCUGCUCUCGUCUUGCAGGAGCCCUUUGGCGUUGUUCUCGCCGUUGCCCCUUGGAACGCCCCCUACAUCCUCGGUAUCCGCUCCAUCCUCUACCCCAUCGCCGCCGGCAACACCGCCAUCCUCAAGGCCACCGAGCUCUGCCCACGCACCAUGUGGGGUCUCUGCUCCGUCUUCCACGAAGCCGGCCUGCCCAAGGGCGUUCUCAACAUGCUCGUCCACGAGCACGUCAACGCCCCCGCCAUCACCAGCUCGCUCAUUUCCAACCCCCAGGUCAAGAAGGUCAACUUCACCGGCAGCACCGCCGUCGGCCGCAUCAUCGGGCGCCUGGCCGGCGAGAACCUCAAGCCCGUGCUGCUCGAGCUCGGCGGCAAGGCCUCCGCCAUCGUCUGGGAGGACGCCGAGCUCGAGAACGCCGCGACCCAGUGCGCCCUCGGCGCCUUCCUCAACUCUGGCCAGAUCUGCAUGUCGACCGAGCGCAUCCUCGUGCACAAGUCCGUCCGCGCCGAAUUCGAGAAGAAGCUCGUCAGCGCCGUUGAGAACAUCUUCGGCCCCCAGACGCCCGCCCCCAUCCUCAUCAAUUCCACCGCCGUCAACAAGAACAAGAAGCUCCUUGCCGACGCGCUCUCCAAGGGCGCCAAGCUGCUCUACGGCAACCCUGACGCCCAAGAAGAAACCACCACGUGCAUGCGGCCCGUUAUUAUCUCGGGCAUCACCACCGACAUGGACAUCUACAAGACCGAGAGCUUCGGUCCCACGGUGGCCGUGUACGAGAUCGAGACCGAGGAGGAGGCGCUAAGGAUCGCGAACGAUACCGAGUACGGAUUAACCAGCGCCGUGUUUACUGAGGAUUUGAGAAGGGGAUUGCGCAUGGCCAAGGAGAUCGAGACGGGCGCGGUGCAUAUUAAUAGCAUGACGGUGCAUGAUGAGGCGACGCUGCCCCAUGGUGGCGCGAAGGAGAGCGGGUAUGGGAGGUUCAAUACUAAUAAGGGGUUGGCGGAGUGGGUGAGGAGUAAGACUGUUACUUUUAAGUAUUAAGUUGGGACUUGGAUGGGAAGGGUCGAAGGGUAAGGUAUUGUAAGGUGGGUGUACGAUCUGGGCUGGGUGUGAUUUCCUGUUGCUCCUGUACGAAAGGAUCACCGUUGCUGUAACGAUCAUCCCUCUUCUUUCCUCCCCCCUUUUUUUG